CCUCGGUCUCGAUCGAUCCAACACUGCUCUCGACACCGCUCGACACCGCUCUCGACACCGCUCUCGACACUGCUCGACAUCGUCCUUGGCUCCAGCACGGCUGCAUCUCCACCGGUCCCCGUCCCCGCAGCACAGAGACAUGGAAGCGCUAUCGCAGACAGUGGCCCAGGCCCAGGAUAUUAUCACCCGUCUGUACACGCACAAUGUCGAUCCGGCCUUUGUGCAGUCUGCCCAGCAGUGGCUCGAAAAUCUCCAGAAGGAUCCGAUGGGCUGGGAUGUGGCCCUUGCCCUGCUCCAGUCGCCCUCAGCCCAGUGCCAAUAUUUCGGUGCCCUGACGCUGCAAGUCAAGUUCUCCCAUGAUUGGAAAUCGAUCCCUGAAGACAGCAUCGAGCGUUUCCGGUUGCGAGUGAUUGAAGCCAUCAUCCAGCUGUCGCCCGGCCCGAAGUUUGUCACAACCAAGCUCUGUCUCGCUUUGACAGCCUAUGCGUUCAACGCCUUCCCGUCGCACUGGGAUAGUUUUAUCAGGUCUUUCGAUCAAGAGAUCAACAGCGCCAUCGAGCAGUGUCCGGUCGAGGAGGGCAAGGUGGCUCUCGAGCUGUCGCUGCUCGAGUUCCUGACUGUCCUGCCGGAGGAGAUGCAAAAUGCACAUAUGAUUCCGACACGAAAGUCCGUCUUCGAAAACGAGCUGUCGUCUUCCACCGGCGUGGUUCUUGCGACGUUGCAGAGAAUCCUAUCGCUCCCGAUUGCUGAAGGCAUCUCCCAGCCCAUCCUGAUGCUCAAGCAGUCAGCGCUGGGAUGUCUGCGGAACUGGAUCUCGCACAUCAUUUUCGCGCAAUCAGCGACGUCGGUAAACGUUAUUCUCGACCUGGUGAUCCCGCACCUGUCUUUCCCGGGCACUUUUGAGCGAUCGGCCGAUGCCUUGGUCGAAUUGAUCUCGUUCCGCACCAUGGCUGCCUAUGAAAAAACGAUCUGCAAUUUCAUGAUGGGCAUUCUCACCAAAGGCUGGCUCAGGAACGAGCUCGAGCGCGCGAUCCGAGAGACGGACGAGCACACUGCCAAGGUGAUCUGCAACAUUCUUGUCGAGCUGGGACUGAACUUUACCCCGUACUUUGUCAAGAACUUUCUCCGGGACGACGUCCAGGUCUUCUACGAGAUGAUCCUGGCCUGUACCAACUUUGAAGGGUACUAUGCAGGCGACCAGGAGCUGUCUGCCCUCACGCUCGAGUUUUGGGCCAUCUUCUGCGAAACCCUGCUGGAUCCUCGGAUCAUUCAGCGGCCCGGUGUUGAGGAAGACGGCCUUGAGGAUCUCAUCACCGACCCCGUGACCGGAGAGCCUGUGCUGAGCGCCACGAACCUGCACCCGUCCGACGCCGAUCGAGUCUUUGCCAAGCAUACGCCGGUGCGAAGUCCAGCCGGUGCAACCGAGAGCGAGUCGAUGCGUAUCUUUGAGGCCGCCAAGGUCCUCCUGGUGCGUGCCGUGGUCGCAUGGAUGAGCAAGAUUACAUUCCCAGAGGAUGAAACGUGGAAUGAGUGGAACUCUGACACCAAAAACAAGUUCAAGGUGUUCCGUAAAGACUGUGGCGAGAACUUUUUGCACGCCUUCUAUAUCUUGCGCGAGGAUCUGUAUGGGGUCUUUGUUCCUUUGGCAGAGCAGCAGAUUCUGGAUCUGAUGGAGGGCAGGCAGAGCAAAUGGCAGCCACUAGAGGCUACGCUCUAUGCCAUCCGUGCUGUCAGUGAAGCAGCGGACGUCAAUGAGAGCGUCUAUCUUCCCCGCGUAUUUGGCAAAGGUGUUCUCGAAGCCCUCCUGCUGGUGCCCGCUGGCCAGCUCUCGCGCGUCAAGUACACAAUGUCUUUGCUGAUUGGCGCCCACUCGGACUGGCUGAGCUCGCAUCCCGACGCUAUCCUCAACUCGGUCAACUUCCUGCUGAUGGGCCUCAGCCAGCCGGACAUUGCACCUGGUGUGGCCGAGGCGCUCAAGAGUACUUGCAACAGCUGCAAGUUCGGCAUGGUUGAGGGCAUCGACUCGCUAAUUACCAUCUAUGGACAGAUUGGUCCCUCGCUCCAGAUGCGCGAGAGAACAAAGGUGCUGGAAGCGAUCUCGUCUGUCAUCCAGGCGAUGCCGCAGCAGCAGAGCGUCAUUUACCUGAUGAACAUGCUCAUGAACAUUGUUGGCGACAUCAAGGCAAUCCUGUCCAUGGCGGCUCAGCUCAUGCCAGAGCAAUUGCACGAGCAAGUCGGCACCCAGAUUCGAUACAUGCAGAGCUGCUGUCGUGGAGUCCAACCAAUCUAUGUGGUCGAGGGCGACGAAGUCACCCAGAAUAUGUUUUCGGCUGAGCAACUUGAGCAGCAGCGCCAGAUCAGUGCCCUCGUAUGGGAGGUCACGUUAGAGCUUUUCCAACUAUUUGGCGAUGUGGAGCCAAUCGUAAAUGCCCUCUGCACGUUCAUCGAACAGACCCUGAGAGCAGCGCUGCCCUUGUUUGCCAGCGAUCCCCUGCGCCUGGUCGAUGUGCUGACAGCCCUGUUUGACCAGCACUCCCAUGCGUGUAUCUUGCAAUGCGGCACAACACUGAUCUCACACUUGGACGAAGAAUGGAGCACGCCCCAGGUGCUCAUGGACACGACCCAGCCUCUGUCCAAGCUGCUGCUGUCGUUCACCAACUCGAUCGUUCGCAUCGUAAACAACGCCGAGGUCAUGAUGGACAGGUCCGAUGUCGUGGCCAAGUACUUUGCGCUGCUGACGGAGAAUCUUCGCCGAUACGGACGGGUCAUGCUGAACUUCCCGCCGGAUCACCUGAACCACAUUUUCAUGGGGAUGGUGGUUCAAGGACUUUCACUCUCGGAUGCAUUUGUUCUGCAUGUCCUUGCUCGUUUCUUGGUCGAGUUCAUCGGCUCGAGCGUCGACGAGGGCCUUGCCGGGCUCGUGUCGGCAGUUGUUGGGCAGAUCGGAGAGUCCUUGAUCCGCGAGAUUGUCACGUGCGUUGGCGGUCGGUCUCCCCCGUCGACCUUUGACGAGUUUUCCCGGAUUCUGUUCAAAAUGGUGUCCAAGUAUCCGGAGCCCACGCGCCAGUGGCUGCUGCAGUGCCUGAGCCCAGACGGCUUCCCGACCGCCAAGAUCACGAAGCGCGAGAAGGAGCAGUUUGCGAAGCAAGUGCUGGGAACGAGGGACCUGGACCGCUUCAAGCGUGCCGUCAAGGACUUUGGUCUCAAGAGUCGCGGCUACGAGAACACGGCAUUCGGUCGAUCCAUCUGAGCAGAUCGUAUCGUAUGGGUCCAAGUCUCGACACGGUCGUAUGGCUGUCGCCAUGGUAUUCAGCGUCUGCAAGCCGAGACGAGAUGCUCCUGCUCCAAGGCCGGCGGCUACCCUUGUCCUGGUCCUGAAUAUACACCUUCGUGCCGAUCGAUACUGCGUGGCGGUAUUUGCGACGCAGCCGUGAACAGAGACCAGAUCAUCCGUCUGCCAAAAGAGUUGCCUGGUGGACC